UUAUCGCAUCAGUUUCCUGGUAUGGGAUAGUUUUCAUGCUUAGUUCUAAGUGUGGUACACAGUAAUUGUAAAACGAAUAUUAACCAUAGUGUGCCGGAUUUAAUUAUGAGAGGUUUGUGUGCAGUUGUUGUGUUAGUGGUGAUCACAGAUGUAGCCUGUUAGCCCAUCUCAGGGGUGCUGACAUCUUCUUUGUGUGUAUAUGUGUUUUUUCCCUAGAAAACGGUCUGUAUAUGUUAAGAAUCCUUACCUGGAUGCUAUGGAUGAAGAUAUUCUCUAUCACUUGGAUUUAGGAACCAAAACACACAACCUUCCAGCAAUGUUUGGGGAUGUAAAGUUUGUCUGUGUUGGUGGGAGCCCCAACAGAAUGAAAGCAUUUGCACAGUUUAUGCACAAGGAACUCCAGUUGGAGGGGGAUGGAGAAGACAUUGAAGACAUCUGUGCAGGGACAGACAGAUAUUGCAUGUUCAAAACAGGCCCUGUGCUCUCCAUCAGUCAUGGGAUGGGCAUCCCCUCCAUUUCUAUCAUGCUCCAUGAACUCAUCAAGUUGCUCCACCAUGCACACUGCUGUGACGUUACCAUCAUCAGAAUCGGAACGUCAGGGGGAAUUGGGAUUGCCCCAGGGUCUGUCGUAAUAACAGAUACGGCUGUAGACUCUUUCUUCAAGCCUCGGUUUGAGCAGAUCAUCUUGGACAACGUGGUGACCCGAAGCACUGAACUUGACAAGGAACUGGCUGCUGAUUUGCUCAACUGUAGCAAAGAGAUCCCCAACUUCCCAACCCUCAUCGGACACACGAUGUGUACCUACGAUUUCUAUGAAGGCCAGGGCCGCCUAGAUGGAGCAUUAUGUUCCUUUUCGCGAGAAAAAAAGCUAGACUACUUGAGAAGAGCGUGCAAAGCUGGCGUCAGGAACAUCGAAAUGGAGUCGACGGUGUUCGCAGCCAUGUGUGGACUGUGUGGUCUGAGAGCUGCCGUGGUCUGCGUGACACUUCUUGACAGACUCGAGAGUGACCAAAUCAAUUUGUCCCAUGAUGUCCUGGUGGAGUACCAGCAACGGCCACAGCUCCUAAUCUCCAAUUUCAUCAAAAAACAGCUUGGACUUGGUAGCCAGGUGUCCCACCCGUCUCCUGUGAGUUGGUAGAUAGAGCUGCAAUGUCGAAGCCAUGUGUUGUCUGUAACAUUCUUACGUAAUCCUCAUCCUUGGGCUAAAAUCGUAAAAGAUUUUGUGAACUCCUUUAUCUUAAAGUUGAACUUACUGUAAGAGAAUUUAAUACCCGUGUGAAGUUAAGUUCAAAUUCCAUUUUAGAACCAGUUAACUAAAGCAGUCUAAUAAUUAGUGUUUUAAACUCAUGAAUUGUGACAUUUGGAAUUUCAUAUGUAGCAUUAAUCAAGCUUAC